AUGGAACCAACAGUGCUCCCAACAGUGACCCAAGAGGUGGACACAACAGUGCUCCCAAGAUGUGGAUUCAACAGUGACCCAAGAUAUGGACCCAACAGUGCUCCCAACAGUGACCCAAGAUGUGGACCCAACAGUGACCUAAAAUGUGGACCGAACAGUGAUCCAAGAUGUGGACCGAACAGUGACCCAAUAUGUGCACCCAACAGUGAUCCAAGAUGUGAACCCAACAGUGCUCCCAUCAGUGACCCAAGAUGUGGACCUAACAGUGACCCAGGAUGUGGACCCAACAGUGACCCAAGAUGUGAACCCAACAGUGCUCCCUGCAAUGACCCAAGAUGUGGACCCAACAGUGACCCCAAGAUGUGGACCCAACAGUGCUCCCUGCAAUGA